AUGGCAUUGCCCGCGAUAAUAGGAACUACAAUGGCAGCCAGUUAUCUAGACGCAAAAUACGGAAUCGUGGGAGAUUUGAAAACCGUUACGAAGAGAAAUGAUUCGAAGAUUCGCUCUCAAAUAAUGAAAAUGGAUAAAAAAGGAUAUUGUUCAGGUUAUUUGGUCAUUGAAGAUGCUGCUAGAAGAUGGCCGAAUAAGGAGGCGCUUGUUUUUCAACGACGAAGUUGGACAUUCGCGCAGUGUGAACAAGAGAUCGGUAAAUUGCUUGGAAUCAUAGCAUCGCUCAUAAACACAAAUCUUCGUAAAGAAAGUCUCAAAUACGUUCUCAACUUAUGUAAACCGAAACUAGCUAUCGUGAGCGAAGAACUGCUUUUAAAUAUUAUAGAAAUAAAUGAUUUUGAAAUUCCAAUUGUCGAAUUUCAGCUCAGUAAUAAAAAGUCAACGAAUGAUGCUUAUAAUAUUUAUGACGACUGGAAUGCAACGACGACACAAACAAGACGUUUAUACUUGAACAAAUUGCCGAAAAGUAAUUUGAAUAAUUUUGUUAAACCAAAAAUAACAAGCUCUGAUGUUAUAUGUUAUAUUUAUACAAGUGGAACUACGGGAUUGCCAAAGGCUGUAGAACUUCCACACACUUCAUUUAUUAGCAAAUCAAUUGCCCCAAAGCGAUAUGGAGUCUAUUUUUUCAAUGAUCGUCGUUAUUGCCCAUUGCCACUUUAUCAUGCUUCGUCGUUGAUUAUUGGAAUUUUCCCGUGUUGGGGGGUUGGUGCAACCUUUAUAAUCGGACGAAAAUUCAGCGCCUCAAAAUUUUGGGAUGAGUGUCGGAUCACUAAUGCUACCAGUAUUCAGCAUAUAGGUGAAAUCUGUAGAUAUUUGAUGCUACAGCAACAAUCGAUUAACGAUAAAAAUCAUAAAGUUCGCAUUAUUCAGGGGAAUGGUCUUCGUAGUGAUAUUUGGCAGGCUUUUAGAGAACGAUUUGGAAUUGAAUUAAUUGUAGAGUUUUAUGCACAAACAGAUGGAAAUGCGUUUCUGGGAAACAGGAAUUAUGGGUUAUUUGGGCUCGGAGCGGUUGGUCGCCAAGGACCGUUGCUUAAUUUACUAAAACUUUCAGAAAUCAUAGUAAAAUUCGAUUUUGAAAAAGGUGUUCCUUAUCGAGACCCAGAAACAGGUCGAUGCGUUUUGGUUAAUGUUAAUGAGCCAGGAGAAAUUAUCUAUGAGAUAAGCCCAAAAGGAUUGAUUCGUAACUAUUUGAAUAUACCACAAAGAGAAGAUCCCAGAAACCUGUUCGAUGUAUUUAAAAAGGGUGAUUUUUGGAGACGUACGGGUGAUUUGCUGGUUGUUGAUAAAGAUGGGUGGUGUUAUUUUGCGGAUCGGAUUGGCGAUACGUUUCGAUGGAAAGGUGAAAAUAUUGCAUCGCAGUACGUCGCAAAAUAUUUGUGUGCCUAUCCAGACGUCAUUGAAACAACGGUUUACGGACUACCGCUAAAAGCAUAUGAUGGCCAAGCGGGAAUGGCAGCUCUGGUCCUCAAUUCGAAAGAUAAAGAUUCAAUUAAAAAAACAAUGAAUGUACUCCCUCGUUUUUUAAUCAAGCGUGGACUGCCUGAUCCCGCAAUUCCGAGGUUUAUUCGAUUAAUAGAUGUGUGA